CGCCAGCUGGCAGCCGCGGCUGCCCAGCUACAGGGGCUGAAGAAGCGGCAACAACAGAGAAGCUGUGGCUACAGGCUGAAGCAGACGCAGAUGCCCAGGCUCGCCGCAAGGAAGCCCAGGAUCUGAUGCAGCGGCAUGAAGCCAACAGCAUCGACAGACUCAAGUUCUGGCACUUUGAACCGAACGGCGACGAGGCAACACCAGAAGAGAAGCAUAAGGAGUUCCUCUCCAAACUCGUGACACGGUUGUUGUGUGCUUGCAACUACCAACGGUCCGAGUUGGAGAAACAGAACCAGGAACUGCAACAGCUGUUCCAGGAUCUGAAGCAACAGCACCAGGAGUUGGCGAACCUCCGCCGGAUAGUGCAAACCCACGAGGAUGCAACACGGGCACUCAAUUCCCGUGUACUGGACCUGGAACAGGCUGUACCAGGACCAGAUGCUGGGGCUUCCAGCAAUGCACCCUCUAGCCGCCAACUGGAGGAACGCGUUGACCACGUAGUGGCAAUGCUAGGAGAUAUAAGUGCCUUCGCAGAGCCGGCCACCAUCAGCCAACGGUUCGAGUUGCUGGACACCAAGAUCAGUCAGCAACAGCAGACUGACCACAGCCACAACAACAGCUCGGCGAGGCCAUACAAGAUGCCGACGUUCUGGAUCGAUAAAUUUGAUGACUACACACAUCAAGACCCGGUCGUCUCGUGGCAAGGACUUACAACGGAGUUGGGGAUUCACGAGGUCCUUGACCAAUCUGUUCAUCAGUGUUUUGUUCAUCAACACCAAGGGAGGAUGCCAGAUCUGGCUCAGCCACAUGGCAACCAUCCACGACGUCCAGGUUUCAUACCUGUACAAGAAGGUUCCUGGGAAGAUAUGACAAAGGAAUGGAAGAAGCGGUUCAUUGUCGACGACGCCCCGACACUCGCCAUCAACCGAAUCUUCACGAUGGCUCAAGGGAGCACACCGACACGUGCCUGGCUCACGGAUUGGCAGAAGAUCGUGGCAAUGCUCGAUUUGGACUUCCCAUUUCCGCAUCUGCGCCGUGAGUUCUACAACAGGUCAUGUGCCGCUCUCAGCCUCGCACUUGGUGAUCGCGAGCAGUACAACACUUUCGCAGAGAUCAUCAACAAGGCGAGGGAGAUCAUCAAGACCAACAGGGCAGUUGCACACGAGAAGUCAACGUGGCAGCCAACCUAUGUGGAGAAGGUAAGAACUGGAGGUGAGGCGACUCCACCUCUCACUCCGCCAGAUUUGGCCGCCUUGCUAGCGGCCUCCUACACAUCUGGGGAGGAUGCGCAUGUCGCAAGUCCUCUCUACACUUACGAGGAUUAUGCUGUCCACUUGGUCCCACCGCUGGACCAACCGCUCCACGUGCAACAAUCUACCGCAUGCACGGUUUCAUCACCAUCGGCAACCGAUUCGGCAGCUUCGCCGUCAUCUACCGCCGGGGAUUCAACGACAUGGUCAAGUCUUGAAGAACUCAACCCAUUGACUUUUGAGGACUUCCAAUGGAUGCCCCUGCCCCGGUCCGGUCGCUUGCCGAAACCGCAUUGCAACGUGCUCAAGGCACAAUUGCGAGAUUACUUGCACACUGCUGUAUUGACUCCGUUGAUGGACGUCGGAGUAGAGAUUGUCGACCUUCAUGUCUACAUUGCGAAGAUCGACCGCGAGUUCAAGACGCAACGCUACGACGACACCGACGCACCAUUGCUAUAUGUACGCAUUCAGAUCGGAGAGGCGACCUGCAGCGCUUUGAUCGAUUGCGGAGCAUCUCGCAACUACAUGAGUCAAGACUUCAUGGUACGCGCCGGCCUUGGGCCACGAGUCCGAAGGAAGUCCCAGCCCACGCAAGUCAUGUUGGCGGACGGUCACACGCACAAGUUAAUCGACCGGUGCAUUGACGACGUCCCAAUGUACUUUGCCCCUCACGAAAGUGAGGCGGUGUCCUUUGACAUCCUCAACACCAAAUUUGACAUAAUCUUGGGCAUGUCAUGGCUGCGAAGCGAGGACCACCCGGUGAACUUCUACCGCCGCAACGUGCACAUUCGUGAUCGGAACAGAGUACUAGUCCCAUGCACGGUAGCUCCUCCUCACCCUUCAGUCAGCUGUCACGUGGUAUCCGCCGCAAGCAUGCGAGCUUCCAUCAUCAAAGACGACAUCGAGGAGAUGGGGGUGUGUUUUCUCCACGCCCUCCCGCCCCAAGACACGUCAUCGACGGACUCAUCUUCGGAUCCACUUAUCACCGAACUUCUCGACGCCUACAACGACGUGUUCGAAGGCCCGCACGGAGUAGUACCGGAUCGGCCCAUCCGCCACAAGAUCAUCCUCGAGGACGGGGCCGUACCUCCAGGCGGCUGCAUCUACCGAAUGAGCGAGGAAGAGUUAAGUGUGCUUCGGGCACAACUCGACGACCUUCURGAGAAAGGCUGGAUUCGGCCUAGCUCAUCGCCAUACGGUGCUCCUGUUCGCUUCGUCCGGAAGAAGAACAAGGACCUGCGGUUGUGCAUCGAUUAUCGCAAGCUCAACGCGCAGACGAUCAGAAACGCCAGCCCUCUCCCACGCCUCGACGAUCUUUUCGAGCGAUUGGGAGGCGCCAAGUUCUUCUCCAAGCUGGACCUCAAGUCGAGAUAUCACCAACUCAAGAUUCGGAAGGAGGAUUGCUACAAGACCGCGUUUAAGACGCGAUAUGGGCAGUUCGAAUGGCUAGUCAUGCCAUUUGGCCUUACGAAUGCCCCAGCCACUUUCCAAGCGGCUAUGACAACGGAGUUCCGACACAUGCUGGAUCGUUACGUACUUAUCUACCUCGACGACAUCCUGGUGUACAGUCGGAGUUUGGAGAGCAUGUGGAACACCUGCGCACCGUUUUGGAGCGGCUAUGACAAGCCAAGCACAAAGCCAACCGUGACAAGUGCGAAUGUGCGCGUCAGGAGCUGGAGUACUUGGGACAUUAUGUGACGCCGCAAGGCAUCCGUCCUCUUGCGGACAAGAUCGAGGCCCUACGAGUAUGGCCCGAGCCCACCAACACCACGGA